GCGGCGCAGGUUGUUCCCGACGAAGAGGUGGGAGAGGCCCGACUUGGAGCAGCUGCGUGAAGAUUUGAUGCGCUUCUCUGGAUUCGUUCGUGUUGGUGACUGAACCGCGAUCCAGCAGAACCGGAUGGGGGGAAACGCUGCGAGCCGCUUCCCCGCGGAGGAUGAAGGAGGGGUAGCUUUUGUGAAGGGCAUCCGGCUGUCGGACAGAGUCAUCAGCCGGAUGAAAAAUUCGACAAAGACCAGCUGUUCUCACUUCUCAGCUGAUCCACCAACUCAGGUUGCAGCUCCCGUUCCGGCCCCAUCUGGCGACCCGUUGUUGCCUCUCCACGCUCCUCCCUCACCUCAGCUCAUCCCCACUCCUCCCAUUCCUCCCACACAGGAAGCCGUGACCACGUCUCCGUCAGUGGAAGCUGCUGCUCCUCCUGUCAAACCCGUCCCUCCUCUCCGCGAGAAGCUCCCCUCCCUCCCUCCUCCAUCUCCAGAGCCAGAAACUCCACCUGCCAUUUCUUCAAGGGCCGCAAACCCCGAAGUGCCUCAAUCUCUAACUCCACCUUCUGCUCGGGGACCACCUGAACCCAAAGAGCCAGAAACACAGACUACGCCUCAAAUAGAACAAGCGAAGGAACCACCGCCUUCUGAACCAGCUGCUUCUGGGCCUCUCGAGUCUGCUGCCACCCCAGAUCAGCCAGUACUCUCACCUCUUGCUUCUGCUUCAGCCCAACCUGGAGCUUCACAGGAAGCCUCUCCGUCGUGGCGACGUGAAGCGCCCACUCUGGUCCCGGCUCCGCCACAUCUGGAAGCGCCGCCUCCUAAAGAGCUGCCGGCGACAACAUUUCUGCCUCCUGUUGUGGAAGACGAAGAGCCUUCCUUACCACCACCACCACCUGCAGAAGUGAUGGAGGAGGAGCUGAGGGAGAAAAUCAGAGCAGAGAUACAGAAAAGUCUGGAGGAGGAGAUCAGCCAGAAGAGACGGGAGCUGCAGCGACAGCUGGAUGAGAUCCAGGUUCUGCGGCGGGCCGAAGCGGAGGCGGCGGCUCGGGCCGAGGCGGAGCAGCGGGUGAAAACGACUCUGGAGGCCGAGAGGGCGAUGCACACGGAGAAGCUGACGGAGAGAGAGAAGACGAUGGCGGAGCACGAGACGCUCAUGGCACAGCUUUAUUGGAUGGAGCUGAAGGCUCGUCAGCUGGAGGAGAGAGAGAAAGAGAUGAAGAAGCGCAACGAACUCUACAAGGAGCACGUUUCCAAACUUGAAGCAAAGUGCGCGGAGUUUUACAAAGUUUCAGCGGAAAGUUUCCAGAAAGGCGAAGAGGAGACUCACAAGCGUUUUGCACGUUUUAACAUCCAGCCCCUGUGCGGAGACCUUCAGGGUCAGAUCCUGAAAUGCUACAAGGAAAACCCAGGAAGAACUCUGACCUGCUCAGGUAUUGCAUCGGCCUACAUGCAGUGUGUGGACAACGCCAAGAAAGAUAAACUAACCACUGGCGGUUAAAGGGGAAACUGGGACAUUUGCAGCUGCAACAAGAUAAAAAUAAACUCAAAUCGAGACGCCGAGAAGUGAAAACGUUCAAAUUCAGCCGCUUUAAAUGUCGAAAUAUUUUUCCACAAAACUGCCCACGGCGUAGCAACCCAAUGUCUUUUGUCACGUGCACAAGCCAGUUUACCUUUAAAUGAAUUACAUUUGAUAUCGUUGUGUAGAACCAACCUUGCCACGUCAGUAGCAAACAGGAUUUAUAGGAGCAAACAAGAUAAAGAUGUGCAUCACUGGUUAGUUUAAUCAUUAUGUACGAGUGCCUUGAUUUCAGGAAAGCAGAUGCAAAGUAUAGAAAAAAAAAACUAUGCAAGGAGGUGAGUGUUUAUGCAGGGCAAAACCAACAACCAAAUGCAUUGGAGAAGCUUAUAAAUAAUGGGGUUCAAUGUCAAAGGGAAAUCAGGCUAAAUAAAGCACCACCAAACAAAAACAACUGACCCACUGGAAGCUUUAUUCUGUUGUUAUAAACCAACAACCUGGUUGACUGAAACCUGUGCUGCUGCGAUAGGUUUUCUUGCCAUUUACAUUCUUUACCUCGUUCUUUUUCCAACACAUGCAUGAUGCCCUUUGUAAUAGUCAGCUUUAAUCAAAAGCAAAGUAUUGGCUAUAAAACCAGAUUCUCCUGAUAGGCCUGAGAUUAGCUUUAGCAGGAAACCAUCGAAGCACCACAUGAGUCUAAAUUAUAUCUUCCCCACUGAAUGCCUCACAUGUCGGGAGACAUGCGUCUUUUUUAAUUGGCGGGGGGAGGGCAUAUAAAAUAAACUCAAAUUGAGACGCCGAGAAGGAAUAUCUUUGUGAUAUACAAACAAUGGCUUCCAGAGAUUCAAAGCGUGUGAAAAAUGUUGGAAAUUCACAGUCACCGUGACUCGGCACCUCACACUUCCGGACUGAAGCCCAGAUGGAGUUGGAUCGGUGCCAUGUGAAGCUGAACAAAAAAGGAUUCUGCAGGUCGGGCAAAGAUCAGACUCCAGCUGUUUGACGAAAGGAAACCAGGCACAGUUCAUCACUUACACUAUACCAAACUGUCCGAAAGGUCAUGUGGUGCCAGCGAUAUGAUGUGGGGUUGUUUUUGGUUUUGGGGGUUUCUUAUAGCUGCUUCUACCCAUAUUAUUUUAACACAUUUAUUCCUGCAGGGUCUGACAAUUGAGAUUCCUGUUACGUUUUGGCUGUGCACUUGCAAAUAUGUAAAAUAUAAACAGCAAGAUUUUAGUAUAUUUCUAACAAGGCAAACUAAAAUGAAAAUGGAAAAAACACAGGAUUUUUGUGGCUAGAGAAGAAGAAUCCCAGCCCAUCCAUACGUCUCUGAAGUCGUUUUUUGUCAUCAGGCCAUUUUUACCAUCCGGCUCCAGAUGCCAUCAUGUGUUUUUGACAUGUCUCUUUGUCCAAACUUACCAAACUAUCCGAUUUGUGCCCAUUUGAUUUGCUUUCUUCAUUUGUGUUGUUUUGUGGCAAAAAAAAAAUUAAAAUAACUGGGAGGAAAAAAAGAAGUGUAACUCAAAAAAUAAAAUGUCAGUUCCAAGUUCA